AUGCACGGCGAGGAUGCGCUCAUGAAUGAAGAAGUUGCUCCCUUUCCAUGUACAACGCCAUUAAUGCGGCUUACAGCAUGUUGCGAUAUGCCGUUAACUGCUGCUGCGCUGGUUCACACCCAAGGAGCCAUGGAUGUUUGCGACGGGAAUGCCGUCGUGAGGCGGGCAGGGAAGGAUGUGGACACAGCAUUGGAACAUAUGACCACCAGAUCAACGAUAGGGUCGAUCGAUGAUAUGGGUGGCGCCUGCCGCGACGGCAGCGCAUUGCGCGAUGACGAAGGCGCGAUAUUACUUCCCUUUGAUUGCAUCGAAAAUCACGGCAUCACUCAACUGGUGGCUGAAUUUGGUCGGAGGGAUUACGGCUACUGCGGAGAGGCGAUGCCAAAAUUCUCUAAUCCGACACACUGCACGUUCCACCACGUCAGGUCCGCCAUGGGGCACUUGUGCUUCGCCAAGGUUGUAGACCUACGCACUUGUAGGGAAUGGCAGAGCAACUCUCACGCAAUUGAACGUGCAGAAAUUGCCCAGUAUCUGUCGUAUUAUAGCGUCCAUAAUGAACAAUCUGCCGAGGCCUAUAAGGAGUCGUUUGGUACAGGGCCACGUGCUUCAUGCAACACGCUGAGGCCGUUAUCGAACGAUGGCGCUGAAAGCGAUUCUCCUCCAGAAGUAAUGGCUGGAUGCGCAACGUCACUUAUGUCAAACCUGGACAGUGCUCAAACCGUCAACGGACAAAAGACACAAUUGGGAACAUUUUCUGACCGUACCUUGGGAAAGGCGCAUAUAGUGUGUCAAUAUGAUUGGUUUUUAACUGGUGACCAAAAGUUGAUUACAGUAUAUGAAAAUUGUGACGGUGGCGACCUGCAUACCCUUAUUGCCAGGGCUCGCAGCAACGGACCCGUGCAUUUCGAUGAACAAUUCAUCACGGAUGUUUUCACUCAAAUAUGUAUGGGAGUGGAGUAUUUCCACGCCAGAAACAUCGUGCAUGGGGAUAUCAAGGCUUCUAACAUCUUUUUUAAAGACGGUGGCAGACCUUUCGUCAAGGUAGGGGAUUACGACACGUGCCACGUUGACGGGGUGCAUAUGCCCUACCCUGGGACUUUCAUGUACACGGCACCGGAAUUAAUUGCAAAUCCUCGUGCCGCAACGAGCUUCGAAAGCGAUGUGUGGGCACUUGGGUGCUUGUUCUACGAAUUGCUGACACUGUCCCACCCAUUCGCCAGCCCGUGCACCGUCCAAUCGAUGAAGGAGACAUUUAGAAACUUCCAAGUUCACAUCGAAAAGCUUAUGGCAAGUGUACCGGGGAGCUAUUCGCUUAUAAUGCGUAAUAUGCUGGUUGCAAUGCUCAAUGUAAAUCCAAUGAAGCGGCCGACCGUGGGACAGUUACUCUCCAUCUUAUGCAGCAUGGAGCCGCAGCCGGUCAUCAAAUGUCAGCCGCGCAUACCCCGCAGCACUUUUAACUGUCAUUAA